AGCCUUUCGCGGCCCCGCGGCCCGGCGUUUCCGGCCCCGCCCGGCCCCGCCCGCCGGGCCGCGGUCGCGCAGCGAUGAUGUCGCGGGGGCCCGGCCGGGCGUCGCGGAUUCGGGAGAUGGACGAGAAGGAGCAGUUACGGCGGCAGAUCCGCCUCCUGCAGGGUCUCAUCGACGACUACAAGAACCUCCACGGCAGCACCCCGGGCCCCUCGGCUGCCUCGCGCUGGCCCCCGCCGCCCGCCUACGCCGGGGACAGGACCUUCGGUGGCCGCUGCUGCCGCCCAGGCCGCAGAGACUUCUCCCGCCACGGGCCUUCGUGGCGCAAGAAGUACUCGCUGGUCAACUGGCCCCCCGGGCCCUCGGAGCCGCCGGGCGACCGCGCUGGGCAGACGGCGCCGGCAGCGAGGGCUGCUGGGCAGGAGCCCGAGGACGCGGGCGCUCGGGAGGAUGUCCUCGAGAGACAGGUCCGGCUCGGCUCGGAUCAGAGCAUGGUCAUCAGAAUCAGGUCGCCGUCCAAGGCCGGCUCCGCCACAGCCACCGGCCUGCCGGAGGACGCCCCCUGGGGAGACCGGAGACCCCAGGGAGGCGAGGGGGAGCCCUCCAGGCCGGGGAGCACCAGCUGCAGCGUGGAGGACCCCCUGCUGGUCUGCCAGAAGGAGCCGGGCAGGCCCCGCACGGUGAGAGCUGUGGGCAGCGCCCGUGGCAGCCCCCCGGGGCCCCGGCGAACGGUCAGCGAGGGUGCCCUCAGGGCGCACCUGCCCGCCGCUGCCACCCUGGGCCGCAAAGUGGGCCCUCACUCUGCGGCCAGCUGUGACGGGAGAGUGAGGACCAGCCACCCGGACCAGCCGGUGCCGGUGGACCCCACGCCUGCGGCCGGGCAGGCCCGCCAAGCCCCCCUGCUGGCAGCGGCACUGUCCAGCAAGUUCCGCAGGAACAACUACAAGUGGGUGGCAGCCUCGGCCAAGAGUCCCCGAGCCGCCCGUCGGACCCUCAGCCCCCGAGCCGCUGCGGAGAACGUGGGCAAGGGCCUUGGGGCCGUGGCCGGGCACGACAAGCCCAGGAAGCCACCAACCACGGCCUCCAAGCCUGGGCCCUCCCCCAGCAAGUACAAGUGGAUGGCCUCCAGCUCCUCCUGCUCCUCCUCCGGGUGGCAGGCAGAGGCCGGCAGCCGGGACCCCUGCCGGCCGCCCUCCCCAGCACAGGCCGGGGGCCCGAAGCCCGUCCUGGGAGAGAGCCCGCUCUCGGCUUACAAGCUGAAGAGCCGCACCAAGAUCAUCCGCCGGCGGGGCAGUGCCAGCCUCCCUGGGGACAAGAAGAACAGCCUGUCGCCUGCCAGCACCAGCAGGAGCCAGCCCAGCCUGCGGCGGAGACAGGCCACCCGUGGCAAGAGCAGCCCUGUGCUGAAGAAGACCCCGGGUAAGGGCCUGCUGCAGGUCACCCGGCACCGCCUGUGCCGCCUGCUGCCCAGCCGGGCCCACCUCCCUGCCAAGGAGGCUUGCAGCCUGCAUCCGCUGCGGACUCCUCCCUCCGGCAAGGUGAUCAAGACCCGCUACCGCAUUGUCAAAAAGACACCCACCGCACCCCUCAGCGUCCCGCCCCUCCCCUUGUCCCUGCCUUCUUGGCGGGCCCGGCGGCUCUCGCAGUCCAGGUCUUUGGUGCUGAAUCGGCUGUGUCCGGCCGCUGCGGGCUCUGCUCGCUGGGGAAGCAAAGGCUACUGCAGCAUCGGAGGAGUCCUGUACAAGGUGUCUGCCAACAAACUCUCCAAGACCUCCGGCCGGCCGGGAGGUGCGGGUGGCCGGCCGGGCGAUGCGGGUGGCCGGCCGCUCCUGCGCACAGGCCGUGUGGACGCGCCCAGCAGCUGCAGCCGCUCCCUGGCCAGCCGGGCCGUGCAGCGCAGCCUGGCCAUCAUUCGGCAGGCCAGGCAGAAGAAGGAGAGAAAGAAGGAGUACUGCAUGUACUACAACCGCUUCGGCAGGUGCAACCGCGGCGAGUGCUGCCCCUACGUCCAUGACCCUGAGAAGGUGGCCGUGUGUACCAGGUUUGUCCGGGGCACGUGUAAGAAGACAGAUGGAACUUGCCCCUUCUCCCACCAGGUGUCCAAGGAGAAGAUGCCCGUGUGCUCCUACUUCUUGAAGGGGGUCUGCAGCCACAGCAGCUGCCCCUACAGCCACGUGUACGUGUCCCGGAAGGCUGAGGUCUGCAGCGACUUCCUCAAAGGCUACUGCCCGCUGGGCGCCAAGUGCAAGAGGAAACACACGUUGCUGUGCCCCGACUUUGCCCGCAGGGGUGCCUGCCCCCGUGGUGCCCAGUGCCAGCUGCUGCACCGUGCCCGGAAGCGCCACGGCCGGCGGGCCACACCCCCAACCCCAGGGCCCAGCGAAGCUGCCUCCAAGAACAAGCGCGCUUCCAGCCCUGGGCCCAGGAGUCCUGCAGCCGUAGCCCAGUGCAAGCCCACACCUAUGCCCGCCUCUCUCACAGCCCCGGCCCCCACCUCCCCACCGCCGAGCCCCGGGAAGCCAGCCUCCCCGCUUGCCUCCACUUCCUCACUCAGGGCUUCCUCCUCCUCCCCGCCCUCAUCUCCGUCCUCCUCGUCCCACGCCUUGGAGCAGGAGGAGCCACGCCGCCUGAAGGUGGCUACCCCGGCCGCCUUGAGCUCAGGGGGCCUCUGUAAGCUGCCUGCCUUCAUCUCCCUACGGUCCUCACCCAGCCCAGGGGGCCAGCCCCGGGCCCGCACCCCCAGGAGUUCCAGCUCCAGGAACUCAGGGCAGGCUCUUCACAUCAAGCCACGUCUAUGAAGCCGCGGCGGCUGUGCUACCUCACCCUGCACACUGCA